UCCCUCCCUCCUUCUUCUCUCUGGGAAGGGGAGGAGGGGGCAUGUAGGGAACCGGGACCAGCCAGGGGACGGAGGGGGCCAACAUGAGCCAGAGGGAGGGAAACAAGGUGGACUUACAGUCCCAUUCUUCGGCCUCAUCUUUCUCCCACCUUGAGGCCAAGAUCCGUCAGACCCACAGUCUUGCAAGGCUCCUCACUAGCUAUGCAGAGCAGCUGCUUCAGGAAUACGUCCAGCACCAGGGGGACCCAUUCGGGCUGCCCAGCUUCUCUCCCCCAGGGUUACCAGUGCCCGGGCUGAACUCCCCAGCCCCAACUCAUUCAGGGCUUCCCACCCUUGAGAGGCUGCAGCUUGAUGCAGCUGCCCUGAAUUCACUGUCCCCACUACUGGACACCAUCCGCCGCCUCCAGGCUGACCUCAACCCUUUUGCCCGUCGGCUCCUCCGACGGCUAGAAGAUGCCUCUCACCAGUCAAGGGCGCUGGGGAGUGCUGUAGAGGUUAUUCUGGGGGCACUAGGUGCAACCCCAGGGCCCCCAGGGCCCCACCCCAUACUCCCUGAAUCUCCUGGGGUCUUCCUGGCUAAGUUGUUGGGCUACAGGGUAUGUGGGUUGUACCAGGAGUGGGUAAGCUGCACAGAAGGUGACCUGGGUCAGCUGAUGCAGGCAGGGCUAGGCUGAGAGAGGAGCCCACCUUACCCCACAUCUUCCCCCAUGAAGGGUCACCAACUAGCUUCCUUCCCCCUCCAUCCUCAUCUUUCACUGUCCCUCCACUAGCAUACCCCUCCUGUUAUCUCCAUCUCAGAGCCUCUCAGUCUACUUCAUUCUCUCUCUUCUGUGCUGCUCAGCUUUGGGUUGGGCCCUAGGGUCAGUCAAUGUUUGCUUAAGAGAUCGCUAUAGAAGAACGUUCCAAAACAUUUACCGAGAGGAGCCUUCAGCCUAAUUAUCUUUGAAGCCCACUUGGUCUCCUGCAUCAUCCCCAAUUCAUACCCUGUCCCCUCAAGGACCUCUGUUGUUCCCCAUAGCCCUAGUCCACCUUUUUACCCCUCUAUACCUCUUUCCCUUCCUCAUUCCUCUAAUACUCUGAUUUUAACACACAAAGCUAAGAGCUUAGUCUGUGAAAAAGAUACCCCUGAAAAAGAUUUUUAUUUCUGAGAAUAAAUUAAUUUUUGGUAAAUUAACAAAAUACCCUUCUAUGUACAGUUCUUAGAGUCGGGGGAUUGGGGUUGUUUCUUGGGAUAAAUUAAACACAAAUUUCAGGGAUACAAUAUAAAUAGGGUAUUAAAUAAAGAAACUGAGAACCCCUAGAUGAUGGCUUCUUUCACUCAGAGGUUGCAAGUCUUUCUCUUCCUCUCAAAAGUGUGCCGAUAGUAGGACAGGAAAUUGUCCACGGUGAGGCUCAAAAGUUGCCAUUUCAGACAGGAAGUUCAGCCUGCUCACUCCAUAACAUAUUUGGCCUUAAGCAGAGCCAAGUCCCGC